UCUAAAGAGAAAUUUCCCAAGAUUCUUGAUCUCGUUGAUCGUUUGAAAGUCAUCGCGCCAAAACAUAGCGCGACGCCUGGUCAAGUUACCCUCGCGUGGAUCCUUGCACAGGGCGACGACUUUGUUGUCAUUCCUGGGACGAAGAAGAUCAAGUAUCUGGAAGAGAACCUCGGAGCGGCCAAGGUGAAGCUCAGCCAAGAGGAGGUCGCA